UGCAGGCCCACUGAGAGCAGAAAAGGGAGGUGGGGAUGGUUUUCCCUUUCGAUUAAGGGAAAAGAGGAGGAGAGAGAGCUGGAAAGGGGUGUCAGAUGGUUGAGUCUCCAGGACUUCACAUUCAGUUUGCUCAUGAUUAGAACAGGGCGAAGGGAAGAAGGGGGAAAGAGGCUGAACAAGGGGCCACAGAGUGAAAGUAAAAAUUAAAGGGGGCUUGGAAAGUACCAGAAGGAUCAGCAGACCAGACCAGGCUGAGACACAGUGUGGAGACACAGUGUGGUGUGCAGAAGACAAUCGAUACACACACCUACGAGGAAAUCUUAGGGAUUUAAAAGUUGUUUAUGGAGACAGUCAUCAGCACAGCGCCAUAAACUUGGUCGUCAUAAAAAAGACAAAGCAUAAUGGGAAACACUGAGCCAAUGGGCCGGUAGAAGCAUGGUACCAACAGUUGUGUUGCUUUUAUCAGUAUUGACUGUACAAGGAAGCGCUGAGUGCGAUGAUCUGAAGAAAGCGACAGUCAGUAACCUCAAAAAAUCCAUCAAGCAAGAGCGACAGAUCGGAUUUCUGAAAGUCUUUCCAAAAAAUUACUACGUUCAGCAUCAUCUUAAUGGAAGCACCAAGUGUGAGGAACCGUGCUGUGUGUUCAGGGCGGUCAUGCUUCUUUCACAUUCCUGGGAGCAGCUCCUACUGCACCUCGAACCUAUUCACAUCAAACAUACAUUCAUCACUGAGCUGAUGUUUAACUUGAAUAUUAUUGGGGAGGAGGGCUUUCAGGAAACUCCAGAUCCUUCCUUCUUCCCGUCUGUUCACUCCUCUCCUGGAGCUCUACUCGACUUCACCUCUGAGGUUUUCUCUAAAUGGCUGGAUCUGAACUGUCCUGUUGGAGAUAGAACUUGCGUCUUUGCCACCCCAGCACCAGCGGAAGAAGAAAUUGCUGAAGGAGUGGUUGAGAAGUUGCGUUGUGAGAAAAGUGGAGACAGAGCAAAACGAUGUGUGACUAACAGAGACAUGGGACGGUCUGCUUCUCCUCUGCUUUUGCUUUGUACCAUGUUUUCUCUGAGGAUGCUUCUGGAUGUGGUACUGGGAGAGCUCGGAUAAGGGCAAAGCUUUGUACAUAAUGAAAAACUGAGGGAUCAUGACUGAUCAUACUUAGUAUUUGUAUAUGGUACUAUAAUUUGUAAAGGUUGAACUAAUUAUUUGUUAAUGAAGAAGAUGUAUUUGC